AUGUCCCUGGCCUCCACACAGCAUCCCUUCAAUAAUACUUUACCGUCAACUUCAUCCACCACCGACCUUGAGAGUAAGAAUCCCCCUGACGAGACAGAAGCAAACAUAAGUACGAUUAUUGGGGCAUAUACAAACGGUCAGAAGCACACCUCUAUGGAACGAGGGUCUACCGCAUACACGCAGUCAGGUUUGCAAACGCCCUAUCCACACGCCUUCACAGACGCUCAAUCUGAAGAAUCCCCUGCAGAUAAUACAUCUGCUGCGCAGUAUCCACCACAACACCAAGACGUUCGUUCGAACCAAUACUCAACAACAGCUACUCCCACCUCCGAGUACGGUGCUGCGUAUCCCCCAUCGUCGGCGCGUUCAGCCAACUUUGAUCAUUUACACAGAGCACAUUAUUCGGGCAAUAAUAGCAAUAGCAGUGGAGGAAUGGCUCAACCAACAAGUCCGUCAAUACCUUUGCAAGAUGGCCGUUCAACCCAUCAAACUUCGCAAAUCAAAUCUGACCAGGAUGUUCCUAUAGAUCCAUCAAUUGCGGCCUCCAGCCCAACUUACCCUCCGUACAACCCACAGCACGCCACAUACUCCGCACAAGAACAGAUGCAUCACCCAUAUCCCCCGACACAUUCUGGCGGCUCGAUGUACUCGCAACCAAGACCCAAUUGGCACGGUUACGCCGACCCCUCUGCCCCUAAUCCUAAUGUCGCAAACCACCCAAAUCACCCAAAUGUCACAAACCAUCCAUCCGGAAUGGUACCCACUCCUUAUACUUCUGCCAGUCCUCAAGCCCAGUCGCUCCCCGCUUCCGCUGGACGACCUAGCCAAGACGCGCGCUUACCCCAGAUUUACUCAUUUGUCCCAAUCCCUGGAUCUAGUCAACAGAAGCGACCUAGAAGACGAUUUGAAGAAAUUGAACGUAUGUAUAAGUGUGGACAUCAAGGAUGUGAGAAAGCGUAUGGUACAUUGAACCAUCUUAAUGCUCACGUAACCAUGCAAUCCCACGGAAACAAACGUACACCAGAAGAAUUCAAAGAAAUCCGGAAAGAGUGGAAAGCUCGCAAGAAGGAGGAGGAACAGCAACGCAAGGAGCAAGAAGUCGCUCGUGCCGGUGGUGCUCCCGCUGUUCCAGAAGCCCAUCCGGAGGCCGGCUCUGCGGCCUAUUCGCGGUCGACUGUUCAACUUCCACCCAUCUCCAACCCCAUUGGGUACCAGCCUGGUGCACAGGUUCCAAACCAAUACCAGCAAACCCAAACACCAGCUUCUUCCGUCCAACAUUUACAAGGCUACGGCAAUGGCCAGCCAGCCAUGGAUCACUACACCGGGUACCCAGCUUCGCCUUACGGGUCAAACCAUAUGUAUAGCCACCAAUCUAAUCCAGCUCAAACUAAGUAUGAGCAUUAA